CGAGAGGCAGGUGAUAGGCGGUUCACACGGGCGGACUUUCCAGUCUUACGAGUCGAGGUGUUCGGGCUUUUCCCAAUUCAUCAAUUAGUGCAAACGACAUACUGUCGCAGCUGGUACACGUUUUGCAUCGAUAUUUUUUAUUCCGCUAGCUGUAGUGCCAUUUUAGUUACGAUGACUGAGUGACACUGACUGUGGUGUCAUUUUAAUUGCACGGACUGGCAUUUUAAUUCCGUUGCCUGUUGUGUUAUUUUCAUUCCAAUGGUUGGUAGUGUGACUCUUUCAUUCAACUGGUUGCAUAUAUCUGGAUUGUGGGAUUUUACACCAAAAUGCUACUGGUUGUGACAUUAUAAUUCUAAUUAUCACAAGAGUUUGUUUCCAAUGUUUGUCUUUUUAAAUGACAUUUAACAUUUUAAUUCCAUUGUACGCCACUGGUUGUGUACUGGGAUUAUAACAUUUUGAUUCCAUUGUACGCCACUGGUUGUGCACUGGGAUUAUAACAUUUUGAUUCCAUUGUACGCCACUGGUUGUGUACUGGGAUUAUAACAUUUUAAUUCCAUUGUACGCCACUGGUUGUGUACUGGGAUUAUAACAUUUUAAUUCCAUUGUACGCCACUGGUUGUGUACUGGGAUUAUAACAUUUUGAUUCCACUGAAUUUGUGCGCGGAUUAUUAUAUCUCAAAUCCACUGGAUGUGUAUAACGUUUUAACUGUACUGGCUGAGUGUAGAAUUUUAAAUCACUGGAAGAAUACAAACUAUUAAUUCCAACAAUCGUUUAACCAACUGGUUAUAACAUUUAAUUCUACAAGUAGAGUAUAACAUUUAAUUCUACAAGUAGAGUAUAAAAGGUUUUCUACAAGUAGAGUGUAACAUUUAAUUCUACAAUUAGAUUGUGACAUUUUAACUUUACUGGUAGAGUACGACGUUAAUUCUGCUGGCUGUGUCUGUGGAUUAUGACCAAUUCCGCGGUGUAUGAGGACUGUGACAUUCCAAUUCCUCUGGCCAUAUAUCUGCGUGAUUCAGAAAAUGGAUUAUGUAUGAAGUCCCUAUCGGUUUGGUGAAGAGAAGGAAUACGUAUAGUUUCUCCGAAAUAAUGGAUUCGAAGAUUGGAGUUGACAGUAUUGGGAAGUGUUUCUAUCUAGCGAUUCUUUUCGUCCUCCUGCAGACAGGCGAGGCAAGAAGAUACCGUUACUGCGCCGAGGGUUGCUGCAUCCACGAAUACUGCGCCUACCACAAGAUCUGCUAUCCCAAAACCCACUGCAGCUUCGGCUGUCCCGACGGCACGUGUGAAAACGAAAUCUGUAUGCCACCCAAACCGUGCACAAAGAACAGCGAGUGCGGCAUGGCGAACGCGUGUACCUACAACUACAACCUCGGCUACCACACCUGUCAGUACAACCUGGAAAUAGGAAGUACGCUCUGCGUCGAUCGACACGGCAAAUCUCUACUGAAGCCGAUGCUAUAAGCUGUUCGAUGGGAUAAAGAUUAGGUGACUCAGAAGUGGCGGUUGAUUGGAAUCAAGAUGGACGAUUAACAACCGCUAAUUUUCUCACACUUUUUUUUCAACACUCACAUUUGUGUUAUAGCAAUCAUCUUCUGUUGUGCCAAAAGAUGAUCUUUUAAAGGAGCUCAAUCGCGGAUUUAUUGGGCCUUGUUUCUCUAAAUAUGCAUUAUAAAUGAAACUUACAUUCAUUUGGAAUAUCAAACCUAGUUAUUGUAUGAUCCAAAAUAUUUUAAUUGAACUACGAUCGAGGGCAUUCCAUGAUACGCUUAUUUUUUAAAAUUUGGAGCUCUUAAGACAUAAAAAAUACGGGAAAACAGACUCGUAGUGAUGAGGCUAUAUAUACGACAACCGUAUAAUGUAUUUUUGGAUUUUAUAUACACGAUCGCCGUGUAU